UCGUUGUCAAAAUCGGAAGUUGAGUGUUUUUGCGUCUGCGAUGGAUCGCUUUUCCGAACGAAAACAGUGAUAAUGAAAAAAUUGUCUUUAGAAAUGGAUUAAAAAAGUGAUUUAAUUUAAACUAUACGCUAAACAAACAUCUAUCAUAAAGUAAAGUGUGAUACAAUAGAAAGUACCAGAGUAAAUAUGACUUUCCUCAGUUUGUUGAGUUAUUUUUCCCUACUGGUGCAGAUCUGCUUCGUGACAGUGUCCAUAGCUGCUGGCCUCUACUAUCUAGCGGAACUGGUAGAAGAGUACACGGUCAUGGCCAAAAAAGUAAUUACCUUGAUGAUCCUGGGCUCCGUUGUGUUGUACGUCGUAUUUAUUUUCACGGAGCGUUUCUCGUGGACAUUGAUAUUAUGCGGCAUGGGAGCACAAGCCCUGCAUGCGGCCAUUCUGAAAAACUUUCCGUACGUAAAGUUCCUGUCACCCUGCUUCCUAGGUGCUGUGAUAUUACUUCUGGCCAACCACUACUUGGCGUUCAUCUAUUUCCAACAGCAGUUUCACCCGUUCACUGAGGUGAUGGCAUAUUUCACGCUGUGCUUGUGGAUGGUGCCUUUUUCAUUGUUUGUCUCUCUAUCAGCCAAUGACAACGUUCUGCCGACGAGCAACGAAAGGACACAUCUGUUAGGUGACAACGAUAUAGUGACAAACUACUUUUCCAGUCGAAAGAAAAUUGGACUGCUGUCGUUGUUUAACUAUGCCAAAGAGUCGCUUUUGCCCGAACGAAAUAAGAAAGCAUUUUAAAUUAGGCACACA